ACGGUUCGGAAGAGGCGUCACCUUCCAAAAAAAAAAAAGAAAAAAUUCGGUCUUUUCCGCGGCGCUGUUGUGUACCUGGAAACUGAAGACAUUGUGUAGACUGUAGAUGCUGUGGCAGCCCUUGUGAACUUGUGGGUGCUUGUUGAUCGGUGUGCAAUUUUUGUUUUGCGAUUCAGUAUGAUAGACGUGAUAGACGACACCUCAGAACCUUAAGGCUUUUGGUCAGCUGCAUCCUGCUUCAGCCAAAUUCAGUUAAUUGGUAGCUGCUUGAUGGUAUACAUUUAGGCGUUAGUGGGACAGCUUCAACGUCUCGGAUGUACCGAAGUACAGGAUGGAUACGGUGCGCUUUUCAAUCAUUGAAAAUGAGAUGCGCUGGGAGGAUGAGUAUCGUAUGUACUACCAGGAAGCGGACGAUGGUAGCGAACCGACGGACAGUGUCGGGCGCUUUCGGCUAAGCAUCUCGAGCGAAAGUGAUGUUGGUGGGGUAGAAAUUUCGUCCCCAAAUCAACCGCAUGACUUCGGCACAGGGCGCGAGAGCCAGGAAGAGAUCUGGGCGUAUGCCGAUAUUGAGAGCGGGUUGAAGGAGCUGCCUGGUGGUGAGCGGUUGGCGGAGCUGUUGGUGUGCAGUUUGGUACCGGCCAGUGACAUCCUGCAGGACACCAGCGAACAGAAGGAUACGGUACUGCUGCUGGCGGUUUGGUACAGCAAGCACGAUCUGCUGCGAAAAGUUCUCGCGGUAGAGGGCGCUAAUGCGAACGUCUGUGAUAUGGCGGGUCGGACAGCACUCCAUCUUGCGUGCUACAUCGGUGACUACAAGGCGACGGAGCUGUUGCUUCAGCACGGUGCAAAGGCACAGUGCUGGGACCGGGAGAAGACGGCCACACCGCUGCACUGUGCUGCCAGCUGCGGUAGUCUGGAGUGUGUCACGUUGCUGCUCGCCCAGAAUGUCGACAUUAACGCCGGCAUCGAGAAACACUCGGCACUGCACUACGCAGUCAUGCGCAACAGCAAGCGGUGUGUCGAGUAUCUGCUCAAGCAUGGGGCCAAUCCAAACACGCCGCAGGUGUACACGCAAACGCCACUGCAUGUGGCGGCCGCCCUCGGGUACAGUGAGUGUAUGGAGCUACUGAUCGCGCACGGUGCCGACGCACGUUCCCAGUACGGUCAGAAGAAAAUCACUGCGCUGCAUCUGGCCGCGUCGGAAAACUAUCUCGACUGUGUGCGAUUGCUGGUGGCGGCUGGUGCUAACAUUGAUGCACGCAACCGCGAUCAGCAGACGCCGCUGCACCUGGCCUGCCUAUCCCAGUGUCACGAAACGGUCACGUUCCUGAUCGCCCACCGGGCCGAUGUCCAUGCGGUGUAUCGCGAUGGCCGAACGGCGCUGCACGCCUCCAUCGUGAAGGAGUCCCGGUUCUGGGACUGUACGCUGAGCUUGCUCAAGGCAAAGGUGGACGUUAACCGGGCGGAUAACUUUGGCUACACGCCGCUACACAUUGCGGCACUGAACGAGUUCAGCACGUGCGUGUACAUGCUGAUUGAGUACGGUGCGGACAUAACGGCACGGACAAACGGUGGCGUAUCGGCCCUAUCGUUCAUCAUACGCCGUACGCCCGAAAUUAUACCGCGCUACGUCGACAAGCUGGAUGCAGCGAUUAGCGUUAACAGCAUACACGAGAUCGGUGAUGUGGACUGCGAGAUACGGCUAGACUUUCGGCUACUCGUGCCGAACAAUGAUCGGGGUGAGACGGAGCUGCUGCUCGCGUUCAUCGAGGUCGGCCAGAAGCGCAUCCUGAAGCAUCCACUGUGCGAAACAUUUCUGCUGUUAAAAUGGCGCCGGAUAAGAAAGUUUUUCAUCUUUAGUCUGUUCUACCACGGGCUGUUUGUGUUGCUGUUCACCGCGUACGUGCUGGGGGUGUACGUGCAGGACUGUAGGGCGGAUCACUGCACGAUACCACCGUACAUACCGGCCAUCGGGUAUAUUAUCAUUCUCUUCAAUCUGAUACUGCUUACGAAGGAAAUUUUCCAAAUGAUGCAUGGGUUCGUCAGCUACGUCCGGUAUUGGGAGAACUGGUUGCAGUGGAGCAUCGUGAUCGGCAUCUUUCUCUGCACGCACAACACGCUGAACGAAUCGAACGCGAUCAUGAACUGGCAGCAUCAUGUCGCGGCGGUUGUUAUAUUCCUGGCCUGGCUCGAGCUGAUGAUGCUGGUUGGCCGAUUCCCUAUCUUUGGGCUGUAUGUGCAAAUGUUUACUACCGUUGCGGUCAACUUUUCCAAAUUUCUGAUGGCCUACUGCUGCCUGCUGGUCGCGUUCGGGCUUAGCUUCUGCGUCCUCUUCCCAAACUAUAUCGCCUUCAAGGAGAUACCCCGGUCGCUGCUCAAAACCAUCGUCAUGAUGGCGGGCGAGCUCGAGUUUGAGGACAUCUUCUAUGGGGAAAAUCUAAAAAUCGAGUACCCAGCCACCGCCCACGGCAUGUUUCUGGCGUUCGUGCUGCUGGUAACCGUCAUCCUGACCAACCUGCUGGUCGGUUUGGCCGUCAGCGAUAUCCAGGGCCUGCAGCAAUCGGCCGGGCUCGAUCGGUUAUCGCGCCAGGCCGAACUUAUCUCGCGCCUCGAGAGUCUCAUGUUUUCGCGCCUACUCCGCAAAGCGCCGAUAAGAAUAUGGGCCAUCUUUCAGAAGAUAGCGCUGCUCAAAACGUCCCGCUGUCGGUUACACUUCCGCGUUAAGCCGAACGAUCCGCGUGAGAAACGGAUCCCACGGGAGCUUAUUACCUCCAUCUACAAGCUAGUCGCGGAACGGCGCGAACGCAAUCAAUCGAUCCGACGGAGGCGAACCUACCGCAACAUGCAAACGUUCAACAACUUCCUGCUGGACGAGGUCGACUCGACCGUCACGCUGCGCCGCAAGCAGUACAAAACGGUCAACAAGGCGCGUGGGAUGCGUCCCGACACCAUGCCACCGGUAGUGCCGGGCCGUCCGUCCUCCCACGGUGCAACGCUAAAAACGCUCGAGGAUAACCAAAAAACCAUCCUCAAACGGUUGGAGGAGUUGAGCAAAGAACUCGACAUUGUGAAAAGUAGAAUAAAAAAGGUCUAAACAAUAA